AUGGGGGGUCUCUUAAUCUCCGCUUUCUUCCUGCUGACACUGUUUAUCACAAACAUUAUGUACGGAUACAUUUAUACAUUUAACUCGCGAAAAUUGAAGCACAAAAAAGGUGCAAAUAACAACAAAAAUAUUCUGGAGUUUUUUUUGCACGUUCAAAUUUUGAAGGACAUAAUCGUAACGUCGAUAGUUAAUUUCUUAAUAAAAUUAAAGCUGGUCAUUCACUGCGUGACAAGAUUUCUCUUUUUUAACGAAAAGAGAUACCUCCCGACCGCCAGCCAAGAUGUGCAAAUUGUAGGUGCGGACAGCCAUUAUGUCGGUGAAGGCAGCCAUUACGCCGAUGCGCACAACGAAGGAGACUACAACGAAAGGAAGAUUGUUCAAGUGAAGACAAUUUACUUCAUAAGGCAUAGUGAAUCCGUGUGGAAUAGCGUUUUUAACAGCGGACUCACAGCAACGACGUUUUUCAAUUUCUUCCUAGUCCUGUUCUACGAAAUUUUCUUCUUCUUUAGUAAAAAAUCGGUGAUUGUAGAUUCCCCGCUCAGUAACACAGGAAUCAUUCAGUCCAUCGAAUUAUCAAACUUUCUGCAGAAAGAAAGAAGUGCAACGAAGAAUGGAGAUAAACCUUGCGUAGUUCGGAUAAGCCCAGUGGAUAAGGACGACGAGCAGACGCGGGUUGACGAAAAUGAAGAGAUCGAAAUGGCAGAAAUAGAUAACAGAAUGUGGGACAACGUAGGGAGUGAUAAUGGCAAGGAGGACUCUGAUGACAAUGCCUCGCCUAAUGAGAACAACGUCAGUGCGAAAUAUGCAGAUGAGAACACUGGCGAAGGGGGCCCUCUCGUCGAUUAUGUACAUGCAGGAGAUGGAAGGACAGGAAAUAAUACGGGGCAAGUUCUAAGGAAAAGAGGAGCUGGUCAAGAUGAAGACGCAAACGCAAACUCAAAGAGAAAUGCAGACAGAGGCACAUAUCUAGAUGGAAAUACAUAUACUAAUAACGAAUCGAUCAUGCACCGAAGUGACACCCACGUGGAAGAUAAUCAUCUUAAUAACCAGCAGGACCAUCGAAAUGAUCUCCAAGUGAACAGAAACAAUUACCACGAAAAGUACAACCAUAGAGAAAUCAUAAACCGAAGUGUGAAGGAUCAUAUUGACAUCCUCAAUAACAAUGCAAAAUAUCCAAGUGCCAUUUUGUGCUCAAAUUUAAGAAGGGCAGUAUCAAGCUGCUUUAUAGCCCUCUACAACAGGAUAAAUAAAAAUAACGAAGAGAUCCAAGUACUAAAUUCACUACAAGAGAUCAGCAGAAAUCCUGACUGUGUUUCGCUUUUCGAUUUUCACGACAAUAAAUAUAUCAGCACAGAUAUUGAGAAAUUUGUACACAAAGACGUCGAAAAAAUUUGUAAAAAAAAUAUACGAAUUACAAGAAAUUUUGUAAGUAACAAAUUUUUCGAUACCCUCUCAUACAUUUUUAAUAGUGACACGAAUAUAUUUAUCAUAUUUGGGCACAGCCUCUGGUUCCGCCUUUUUUUCAAUUACUUCCUGAAGGGGCCUCACAAGGCGAAAACGCACAAAUUGCACAACUCGGGGGUCGUUGUUUUUAAUAUGAUUAAGUAUUACCAGGGUAACGAGGUCCAUUACGAAAUUGAGAAGUACAGCGUGCGCAUCCUCUAUAAGGGAUUUCUAGAGAAGAAGCAUACCAAGGUUGACUAG